AUGGGAUCCGCAGCUUCAGCGGUGGGUGAAGUGCCUGGAGCUGAGCUUCGGCUCCCCACCACUGGUCUAAAGUUCACUGUCAACCAGCUCAGGAGUCUCAAUUCGUACGUAGACUCGCUCUACGAUGAAGACCAAAAAGGUCGUAUGAGUACGGAAGUAGAAAGCGCCAUAGAGAGCUUGGUACAACGCAUCGUUGAUGGUGCUGGUCAGCGGGAUCCCCGCUUUAGGUGCAGUCACAUUAUCGCAUUGCACCGUGGGAAGAAGAUGCGGUCGCGUUCACUGGAGUAUCUUGUAACCUUGGACUCCCUACCAAUACUCAACAGUGGUGAAAACUGCCGGCUGCAGGAUGGUCCGACCGGGUACGGCAAGAUCCGUCUCACUGGUCGGGACGCAGACAAGUGGGAGGAGUUCCUGACACCUUCCGGAUAUUUGUGUCGAGACAAGGUGGUAGAGAGAUGGGUGGAGUUGAUAGCUCGUUGUGCCACGGCUCGUGGCGCGGGAGGGGUUCGAGUGUUGUGCGCUAGAGCCGCCGCUCGCGCACAACCUUACCAGUACUGCUACCUACAAAGAGCGUCACCUGUCCAGGUGAGCAGCGAAGGCCGGCUGGCUAUAGUGGAGGGCGCGGCGUGGGUGAUGGUGCGCGCGGGCGGCGGGCGCGCGGACGCCAAGCUGGUGCUGGGCGCGCGCGCGCGGGGCUGCAGCCGCGCCGCGUACGUGCCGCAGAGUUAUUACGCAGUAGCGGUAGGUCCACCUACUUCUGUGGUUUGUGCUGACAGAUCUUCCACCUGGCAACUAUGGGAUCCUUAUUUGGAGGCGGCUCUAGAUGCUCAUCUAUCUGACCUGUCAACUGUGGCCAGAGUGGCUGGAGCUCUAAAUGCCCUCGUCGAUAAGAUGCGGGAGGGUUCAUAUCAGGGUACUCUUCGUAUGGUUAGUCGGUAUAUGACUAGUUGUAGUCUUCGGCGUCGGCUGGAUCGAUGCGCUACUCUUCAAAAUACAUACAGCAGAGCGUUCGUAUCAGCACACGCUUCACAUCACAUGCUGCUCAUAUUGGACGAGUUAGUGUGUAUAUGUGAGCGGGGCGGCGUGGCGGGGUACGUGUGGGGGUGGGGGCGGGGCGCGGGCGUGCGGCGCGGGGGCCGCGGGGGGCGGGGGGCCGACUGGCAGCAGGACGCCGUCUGUCUGCGCGCCUGUCUGCACACGAUACAUCAAAUGGCCAGUAACGAUGAGGUACCCCCGACUCCGGCGGAAUCGUUAGAAAUAAUAUUAUUUGACCGCUGGGAGAAUCUCAACAAGGAGUACAAAGGUUCAGGUCCGACAUAUUCUCGAAGACAACUGCGGUAUCUGUGGAGGGUGGCCGACGCACUGGUCAGGUGCAAAAACAUGAUCGUAUGCGACAACCAUAGCAAUUUUCGAGCCAACCUCAUCCAGGUUACUGCUCAAGGAGAUGACGCCAUUGAAGAGUUGAUCCACAUCUUGGCCAUUAUGUUGGAUCAGGCUCGAGAUCUUUAUACAAACAACUUUCAACGACAUACCGUAGGAGAGCUAGAUAAAGAAUUAUCUUCAUACAGGUAUAUACUUAUUGAGGUUCUCUAGAACGUGUAACAGAAAUAAUGCACAUCCUUAUACACGCCAUUUGGAAAAUUCAUUUAUAAUCAUAAAACGAAAAUUGGUAUAUAACUUUUAUGUACUAAAACAUUGUUUAUGUUUGGACACUAUUAUACUAAUUGCUGGGUAUUAGUGUGGACAUCUUACAAAUCCACUCAAUUACUUCAACAUUACGGCUUAGCCUGCAACUACAAAUGUAUGUACAUACAAUGCAAUACCAUAAUGAAACCACCUACCAAAAAAUAUCUCGACAUGAAAUAUUAUUCUGUUUCGAGUGUUUUUUAAGUAAAGACAAUAAUUAUGAUUUUUACUUGUUAUGAGUAUUGGUUACAAUAAUCUCUAGAUCACAUAUCACAUGGCGCGCACAGUAUCACCACAUUGUGCCUAAUCCUUAAGCAUUUCGAUGUAUUUACUGUAUGUACGUUAGUAUAACGAAAAAUCAUCGCAUGUGAAAUUGAAAAUUCGGUAAACUGAAAUUGCGAUAAAAGUCAUAAAAGAAUCAUCCACCGCCACUGUAUUGUUUUUCUGUGGUUUUUCUCAUUAUGUACGAUUUAUUUUACUCUUUGGUUUAUGAACUUGUGCAUCAUAGCCUUUAAAAGCAUUUUAGACUUAAGACACAUUAAAAGAAAGCUGAGUUGUAUUUCAUUACAAGCUAAAAUUUAUAAAAUAUUUAAUAUUUGCACUGUGCAUUUUAAAAAGUGUUAUUACAUUCACUUAAUGGUUACAGUUGACUAUAAUUUACAAAUUUGGAAAAAAAUACGUAUAUUAAAAGUUGUUGAAAUCGAAUCAUUAUCUGAUUUUAAACAAACUUCUUUCAUGAUGCAUGUUAAUUAUGUUAUACGUUGUAUAAUUACUAGAUUUUUAUUUAAUGAUAUUGUAUUGAAUUUAUAAUUUCAUUCAAUUUUGAACAGAUCUAAGAAGUGGAAUAAGCUAAAAGAAUACUAUGAUGCUUCCUCCGCCUGUCUCAUAGACGCAGUUAGAAGGGAUCCUGAUCUCCGACGGGAAGAUUUGAAAGACCCAACGAACAUCAUGAAAAAUAUCCUCCAGUGGCUUCAUAAAGGGGCGAAAGAUGACAAGAAAUAUCUAGGGCCCGUACUGAAGCCAUAUAUGGACGGUCUUUUUAAAUGCUCUUUGGAGAAUGCUUGGUUUCUAGAAGAUUUCGAUUCGAAUAAUGGUGGACAGGAAUAUGACGGAUUGAUCGAGUAUUGUGCUGGUGUUCACGAUGGUAAACUGGAGCCGUGCAUGGGUCUUUUGGAUGCUGCGAAGAAACUAACUUGGGCGAAAGCCUUAGUUGACUUCGUGGACAGAUACAGACACAUUGACUUUCGUCUGGUCUUCCCUACCGGUGACGGUAUGGCCAUUUCGUUUCCCGUGAAACUACCGUCGAGGCGCGAGCUCAGCUCAGCGCGCGCGCUAACUCUCAACCGUCGCGAUAAAGCUGAGGCUAAGAUGAGGCUGGCGAGGCGAUGCGUGUUGGGGGCAUUCACUGCAGCCUUGAUCGGAGACAAGCGGCCAAACACCAAAGCGAUCAGCAGGCACGAGAGCGAAGAGAUACUCGCUAGCGUGAAAGCUGGCAGCUACUGGCGGAGCAGCACUAAGCCCGACAUAAUUCCCUCCUCUUCCACUCAAGACUUACAGAAGGAGAGCGUCGAUCUGUCGAAGGUCAGGCGAAGGUCGAGACGGAGACCCGCCACCUCUUACGGCUUUCCAGAAAUCUCUAUCACAAACGAUACGAAGACUAUGAGAAGGAAAUACCAUACGCUGAAGAGUCUCGUGUACUCGGAUGAGAUAGAAAACAUAAAGCAGUUGAGAGAGAGGCCCAGAUCAGCCGGCUCUACCGUCAGACACAAGGACGUGCUCACUAGACCUACUAUACUGGAAACCUUGGACUUUAUCAAUAGUGUCAAGGAUGCUUUAUGUGUGGAGGAAUCUGGCGCGUCAGACGCAGAGGAUCAGGGUUGGCACAGCGCGGGCGCUUUGGAGUGGGCGAUGGCGCUCGCGGCGCCGCUGUGCGUGGCGGCCGCGCGCGCCGGCGCCCGCGCGCUGCAUCUGGCGCCCGGGGACCUGCUGCCGGCGCUGCUGCGUCGCGGCAGGUUCACCGUCAGUACCACCACAUAAGUAAACAAACAGCGUUCGAAAUAAACACGAAACUCUUCAAUUCGUGCGUGUUGCCAGUGAUGACAUACGGAACUGAGGGCAACUUAGAUGGCAAUGGAAAGGACCAUGCUUGGGGUUUUUUUGCGAGAUCGAAUCAGAAAUGAUGAGAUCCGCUGACAAAGCCCAAAGAAUUGUGAACCUCAAGUGGCAGGGGGCAGGGCACGCUUGCAGGACUGACGGCCGUUGGGGCCGUAAGGUUUUGGAGUGGCGACUACGUACCGGGAGACGCAGCGUUGGUAGGCCCCCCACAAGGUGGACUGGCGAUCUGGUGAAGGUCGCGGGAAGUCGUUGGAUGCGGGAGGCGUAGGACCGAUCAUAUUGGAGAUCUUUGGGGGAGGCCUAUGCCAGCAGUGGGCGUCUCUCGGCUGAAAUGAUGAUGAUGAUGGCAUCUGAAAAUCAAUUCUACUUUCUCCAAAAUUACGUAACAAGUGCUUCGAAAUGCUAAUACGUCGCUCCAGAUAGAUCAAACUGGGUAUGCUUCAGUGGUAAUUGAUGCAUUAGCACCGGAUAUACGAAAGGUCGUGGGUUCGAGUCCCAUCUCAGAGUGCCAGGGACAAAGUCGAUUUUUUAAGAAUUUUCCGUUAAGAAUAUUUUUCAGUAUAGUAUUUUGAAUGCAAAAUCAAACAUAAUAAUUACUCUAAAAAUGUAAUUUUUGUUCGAGAAUCAAGUAAAGUCCUCAGGUUGUGACGUUUAAUUGAAUGA